AUGCGUUUCUCUAAAGCUUCAGCAAUUGCCACCUUGCCACUGCUGGCAGCAGCAGCAGACGUCCCUGAAUACCAAGCUCAGUUCGAGAACUACCUGGGCCAAGCACAAGUCUUUCUAGGCAAUGUCGCUUCCAAGCUCCCCAACCCUAACAAACAUGAUCCCGUCGCUGCCGCUGAAGCUAAGGCUGGUGCCUUGAAUCUUGACAUCUUGACCCUAGGCAACUGGAAGGAAACUCUCUACGGCCCUGUAAAGCCUGAGAGCACGACUCCCGAGGAAUGGUGGGUCUUGAUCACUGGUGGUAAUAAGACUUGCUUUGGCCACUGUGGCAAGAUCGAGACUGCAUUCAACGAGACCGCCGGAAAAUGGGCUGUCACACCCGGUUCUCCGCAUACUGCCCUCCUUAAUUGCGAGGACCAACCUGUUCUCUGCAACGCUUGGUCUGCCCCGGUCGGCGCACUCUGGGUCUUCGAAGUCCUUCCCGAACCGGCUCCUGUCGACAUCUGGACGAGGCGAUUUAACAUGACAACCGUCACUUCCGACGACAUCUCCACAAUGCGGGACGAGGGUUUUAAGACCUCUGCUAAGCUGCACGAUGGAUUUUUCCAUCCCUUCAAUGGCCCUCUUGCUAAGAACGGCCUUGCAACUCCUGUCGGGUGGAUUAUUUGGGCUUUCAACCUUCUCCCAAGCUGGGCGUUCAUGGUCCUCGUUUCCAUGUUCAGCAGGACAAUGAUGUCCAACCGCCUCAAUCAGCAAGCGGAUGGUGGCCGACGACCCGCCGCCGCUGGCCAAGCUGCUCCUCGAUGA